AUGGCGGGCCAGUUGAAGCAUAUUGAAAUGGUGGUCCAACAGCUGAAUGAAUUCCGUCCCGAAAAUGAGCGUGUUUGGGAUUUCUUGGAUGAAUCAGCUAAGGUUUUAAAAGGUUUUAAUGUAAACAACGAAACCUUUUUGAUGGAGAUUUUGUCUGGUUGUAUAGAAUAUAAACCUUUAUUGGAUGUGGUAGUCUCUGCAUUUUAUAUCCGUGAUGGACAACAUUGCAUGUUGUCUGACCGUAAUCUGUAUGUUGUUGUUUGUUAUUUGGCCACAUUUCAGCUAGAGGAGCUUGGUCUUCAGCUGUUCAGCAAAAUAGUCAAGUCACUGGGUGCUGCUAAGAUAUGUAAGUUUCUCAGGUUCUUUUUCAAUGUCGUGAAUCUGAGCACGUGGAUAAAAGACGAGUGGAGUCAGAUGUACGAUUCUGUAUACGUGACAACAAAUUGGAUCGAACAGUUGCUGAGAUGGCUACCGAAAGUGCAACAGCUUACUGAUGAACUCGAUGAUAAAUUACCGAACGAUAUUUCUUCAUCGGCAAAGAUAACCGAGCCGAAGGAGUUCCACUUGACAGUCCCUCGUCCGCGACCUGUACUCAUCCCUGCACUGAUCACACCUAGAAAGCAUACUAAGCAGGUUCCAGAAACCAUAUAUAAACCUCCUAGGCUGGAGCAGAGCCUCAGAGAAAUCAAAUUGAAGAACCGCCAGAAAGCAGAGGAUCUGUUGCUGGAAGCAAACCUUAACCAGUUCUCUUGUGCGGCCCCAAAGCCUGAAAAAGAAAGCACAAAUAUAAAUGAGAUACCAAAGCUUGCAGAGAGAUUUCAGGCUCAGAAGAUCAAAGGAAAGAGUGACACAUCUAUCAAACUAAAUGCGACAGCAAUCUUAAGAGAAGGUGUCCUGUACCAACGAAAAAUGGAACAGGAAUUAAGCAGAAUCGAGCAUCUUCUGCGAGGAGCCAGAGAUGUGUCUGGAUUCCUUGACUGGCAAAAACAGAUGCGUGAGAACGACCUGCACCAGCAGCUGGCGGAAGCCGAGUGCCGGAGGUUGCAGGGGAAGCUGAGCUAUGAGGAGGCCAUUCUGGCGCAUCAGAGUUGUGUUCAGAAAAACCAGAGAAGGGGCGAACAGGAGAGGUUAGAGGAAGCAGAAUUGCGGCAGCAGUUAAAAGAAAUACAGAUCCAGGAGGAGAGGGAAAAAAAGAAAUUGGUGCAACAGGUGGCAGAAGGACACAGAAAUGCGAAGCAGGCGCUCAUGAAACUCCAAAAAUACAAGCAUCAGAUAGCUCAAGAAAUGUCUGAAGAAAUCCGGAGACUCCACAUUCAGUCUCUAGAACGGGAAGAAGAGCAAUUCAGAAGAAGGUGUGAACUGAUUCAAGAAAUAAGAGCAAUGGAGUACCUGCCGUUCCAUAAGAACAAAUUUGUCGAUUUAACCCAGACGGGCGGCCACUGUGUUCUUGGCGAAAUGUCGAUUGUGGAACUGCAAGAACGCUUAGCCUUGCUGAAGGAGUCGCAGAAGAGGGCAGAAGACGAGAAGAGGGACUUAAUAAUAUGCGAAAAACGCAAUAAGGAGCAGCUUCUCUUGGACACGAUGGAGCAGAUCUCCAUGUUCAGAGAAGCAUUCGGAAGAGCAGCUGCACUGAAACAGGAGGAAAAGAAAAUUAAGCCUAAAUUUAGUGAAGUCUUUCUGAAAGAUGAACGAGUUUUAGACCUGCAGAAAAAGAUCGCUGAAAAAUCUGUGGAGCGUAAAAUGCAAAUGCAGAGCUUAAAGAGCGCCCCUAUGAAGUAUAAUGAAAGGUCAAAGAAGUCAUCGAAACCGACAUUACAGAGUGAUCACUGGAAGAAAUUGGAGGAAAGUCGGCAACGACAGUUUAAGACACUUCAGCAAGAUUUCAUGUCGAGAGAAGUAGCUCAAAAAACGAUGGCGCGCGAGGCCGAGAGAGCUGAGACCACCUCUUGCAUCCUGCGUUCUUAA